AUGGUGUUGGAUGGAGCUGACGAGCCCAUUAAUAUUGCAGCCCAAUCUUAUCAUGGACUGCCCUCUCCACUAAUUGCAAAGAGGAUUACAAAUAUCCUUCACAAUCAUGCUCUAUUGUCAUCAAUGGAGAAGGGAGGCCACCUCAACAACAACAACACUUUAGCACAUCUUGAGCCAAGAGUCAUUGAACAUAAGAUCAUGAACGACCAUUCGCCCUCCAAAAGAGGACUCAUUCGAUCCAAGAGCUUCUGUCCUCCCAAGCAUGAAGCAGACUCUACAAAGAUGUCCCCUCCUCAAAGAAAGAUGGCUAGAUCAUUCUCCGAUCUACCUAUAAUGCGACCAUACGAGACUGGUUCAGUUAUGUGUAGAAUAUGUGAGGAGAUGAUAUCAUCUACACUUUUGGAAGAGCAUUCCAAGGUCUGUGUAUUGUCCGCCAAGGAGAACAUGAAGGCCAUGACCAUUGAUGAUCAAUUGAUGACGAUUUCCAAGAUAUUGAUCACUGAUAGUACACCAAACACAUUGAGCAAUCAUCAGAGACUCCUGGAGGAUGUCAAGGAUAUUGCCAUUCGCGCAGUUGAGUGUGAUACAAUGGAGCUAUCAACACUUCUGAGUCAACUCAAGCUGAAGAGACGUCUUUACCUAUGCUUUGACGAGAACUACAAAUGGAUACAAGAUAUUGAAGCACUCAUCCUUGAGAAGACCAAGGUGCUCAAGAAGGCAGAGGAGGUGAUGAACUCAUCGCCCACUCUCUUUCCAUCACGCGAGUCUCAAUCACCAGAGCUCACACCACGACAAAGACGUGACUCUGCACCUGGCAAGUUGGUUAAGGGCAUCCCCACCAUCGAGGACUUCCAUCGCAUCAAGACCAUCACUCGUGGAGGCUUUGGCACUGUCUUUCUAGCGAGAAAGAAGACCACUGGCGAUAUCUACGCCAUCAAGCGAUUGAAGAAGGCUGACAUGAUCAUGAAGAACCAAGUGGACCAUGUCAAGGUGGAGCGCAACAUCCUGGCACAGACCAGUAACCCCUACGUUGUAAAGAUGUACUACUCAUUCCAGACUGAUGAGUACUUCUACCUGGUGAUGGAGUAUGUCGAGGGCGGCGACUGCUUCUCCCUUCUCCAAGUCUUUAGCAUGUUGGACGAGGACCUUGCUCGUCUGAUAAUUGCAGAGACUGUGCUGGCCUUGGAGUACCUGCACAAACAAGGAAUCAUCCAUCGUGAUAUCAAGCCAGACAACAUCCUGAUCGAUCGCAAUGGACACAUCAAGCUGACGGAUUUCGGUCUUUCCAAGAUUGGUGUCAAGCCUCGUAUCUAUUUCCGUGGAUUUGAUGGCAAGGACCGCCACUCUGUCAUCCGUCGCCGAGUCCGUGCAUCCCUACCAAGCACCAACUCACAAGGCCAAAUUGCUGAGCCCAGCCACACCUCGACCACUGGCGCCGACAAGUCAGAGACCUCCACAUCUUCGAGACACGCUCGCAAGUACAGCUGUGUUGGCACGCCAGACUACAUUGCACCAGAGAUACUUCGAGGAGUAGAGCAUGGCAAGGAGGUGGACUGGUUCUCAGUCGGUGCCAUGCUGUUUGAAUUGCUGACUGGAAUAGCGCCAUUCAAUGCAGAGACGGUGGACUGCAUCUGCACCAACAUCCUGGAGCGCAACAUCAGAUGGCCGGAUGAGCCUGGUAUCCUUUCUGACGAUGCUCGCGACCUCAUCGACAAGUUGUUGGCACUCGAUCCAACUGCACGACUUGGUCACAAUGGCAUCGAUGAGAUCAAGUCACAUCCAUUCUUCAAAGGAAUCAACUGGGACACAAUCCGAUCACAACAAUCACCUUUCACACCGAGACUUGAUCAUGCUGAGGACACCAGUUUCUUUGAUCCGAGACAAGAAGUCUAUGAUGUCAAGGAAUCAAAGGACAGUCUUGACAUGAAUACAAACUCAACAUCAACGACCGACACUUUAUCAUCACCAUCGACAUCACAAACAACAACAUCUACAACUGCACCAGAUGCAGACGCAAUGACAUCAACUACGACGACAACAACAACAUGUACAAUAGAAACAAACCGAGAUGUUGGCGAAGGGGGAGGCCAACUACCUCCUCCUCCAACAACCAAAGAAGUAAUUGCCGACGACUUCCUCUAUGUCAACUUCAAGAACCUGAACGAGCUUAAUCAAGCGAUCGCACAAAGAGAGAGACGCAACUCGUCUCCAUGA